CAAAAACUUCUGCUUUUCACCCUGCUUUAACUGUAUCCAACAUUAAAAAAAUUGUUCCUAUUACUCUUGAAAUUGAUAAUGUGGAUUAUUCCUCCUGUGCUGAGUUGUUUAAGAUAACCACCCGUGCAUAUCAGGGUUAUGAUCACAUCAUCCCUUCUUCUGAUGAUGUUGAUGACAUUUCCCAGCCUGACGCAUCUCCUCCCCCAACUCCGGAACAACUUCUCCAGCAACUCGCCGCAGAGACGGAGUCCAAAGCCCUCUGGCACAGGCUUGAUGCCAUAGUCCUCCAAUGGAUCCAUGGCACGAUUUCACAUGAUCUCUUGCAUACGAUCAUUGAACCAGACUCAACGGCUCGACAAACAUGGGACAGACUCGCCAAUAUCUUUCAGAAUAAACGCAAUUCCCGUGUCAUCCAUCUUGAGAACCAAUUUUCCAAUACCCGGUUGGAAAAUUUCUCUAGUGUUGUUGCUUAUAGAAAAGCUCUCAAGGUCCUCUCUGAUAACCUGGGCAGUGUGUUGGCUCAUCGGUUUCUAAUCACCGGCUUGUUAUGUGCUUUGUCAAUGGAUUACCGGCUCAUUACGACACUAUGGCCUCCAUAAUUCAACAAAGUGAACCUCUGCCCCACUUCUACAAAGCACGCUCUAUGGUAACCUCGGAGGAAACAUGCAAGAAUCAUCAAGGAGUCGACACUGCUUUGGUUCACAUCGGACCUCCACCUCCACCCACUCCACCGGUCGUUCGCCCCGGCGGACGUGGUCGUGGUUCUACUCGUGGUGGCUGCGGACGUUCAUCUCCCUCCCACAAAGGUUCUGGCACUCCAUGGUCUAUGCCGUUGUGGGGAUACUGGCCGCCACCUUGGGCUAUCCCUCCAUGUCUGUAUAAAUCUGCCCCCCAUGGCCUGGUACUCUGUCACCACGCCCUCUUUCCCCCCUCAGAUGGAAUUAUUGUGCCUCAUCCUUCCCAUGCUCACGUUGCCAUAGAUGUCUCCAAUGCCAUGCACACUUUCUCUCUUACCCAGUCGGAUGACAACUGGUAUUUGGAUACGAGCGCCUCCUCGCACAUGACUUCUAAAGGAGGUGAUGGAAUGCUAAAUAAUUUUGUCGUUGUUCUCCGGUUGGUGGAAAAAGCUCUCAGGCGAGUCCGGAGUCUCAGCAGCCGAGCAGGCGAGCAGCUCACGAUCCCAUCGGCGGCUCCUGCAAGUGUGCAAACCUAUUUUUCUAUUAAAAGUUGAAUUAGAGUAUUGGACUAUAACUUACUGGAUCUAAUAGAGUAAUAGGGCUUUAGGCAAUUAGGCCCAACUGUCUUGGCCUUCCGUUAUUUUAAGAGUGUUGAGCACUUGACCUUA